AUGGUUGCCUCGAAAGCUCCGUCCAAGUAUUCAGCGGAAUCAGUGAACUCCACUGAGGUUGCUGCGGGAGAAAAAAAUGUCGUGAGGGACUCUGUCGAGGUCGAAAAAAGCGAGCAGGACAUUGUUCUGCGGCAACAUAGUUAUAUCUCCAACUUUUUCUUGGGGACAAAAGUCAAGCCCGUACCGAAAGAGAGGGCCGAGUCGCCACAAGGCAAGGCGAGCAUCUUUUCUCUAAGUACUUGGUCUUGGAUUUCCCCUAUGAUGAAAACCGGGUUUAAUCGGAUUUUGGAGAUCAACGACAUGUGGACAAUUCCUGAGAAACAAAGAAUUUCCCGGAGAUUGGCCCGCUACGAACGCAAGUUGGCCGAAUACAACGAAUUGGAGAAACGUCCAAAGUACAAAGAGUUCAGGGCAAUGGCCCAUGCGCUCAGGUGGGAAUUCUGGGCAUAUCUUAUCAAUGUUUGCUUCCAUAUCGGUGCAGAAUUGUCUCUUACCAUCCUCUCACGUGCCUUAAUCGAGCAGGUGAGUACAAUUUACUACCAUGGCUAUGGCUAUGGACGGGGUGCCGGGCUAGCGGUUGGAAAUUCGAUUUUGAAUAUUGUUUUCAUGUGGAUUAUGAUGUGGAUGCAGUUUCGAAGUCGCAUUUUUGCAGAGCUGUGUAGAACAACUCUUAUCCUGGCUAUUUAUUCCAAAAUGACCAGGCUAUCACCCCGAGGCAGGCAGCAGUUCCCCUCAUCCAAAAUCGCCUCCCUCAUUACUACCGACACCAACCGUAUUUUCAUGGCCACACGUUGGACAUGUCUGGUCAUUAUGGUUGUGCCGGCAUUCUUUUCUAUUUUAGGCCUGCUUGUGCACAACAUUGGCGUUGCGGCUUUGGCUGGAUGCUGUUUAGUGUUUGUUGGCGUGGUAGUCAACGUGUUUAUGUCCAGGCUGAUCACUUCAUUCCGCCGUAGAAGUUUGCCCUUUGCCGAUAAACGUAUUAGUUUGGUCCGUGAAACUAUCGAAAACAUGCGCAUCGUUAAGUUUUACGGGUGGGAAAACUCCUUUGUUGAGAUGAUCUCAAAAGCCCGCAAGAAGGAGGCUGGUUUCCUCAAGCUCUUGGGUCUUGUUGAAGGUCUCACUGAUUCUAUUUUGACUUCAGCUCCCACUUUCGCCGGCGUGUUGGCGUUCGGCCUCCGAACGGUCCUUGGAAAAGCCCUCAAUCCAGCUCAAACAUUCCCUUCUCUUACUUUGUUCCAACUCUUUAUUCCCUACUCUAUGAUGUUUUCAGCCGGUCUGACUGCUCAUGCUGAUGCCUGGGCCUCUGUUGUUCGUUUAGAAGAAUUUUUCAAAGCGAAUGAGGACCCCAGCUAUGUCGAGCAGACAGACCUCGACAAGACCGCUAUUGUCAUCGAAAAUGGUAGAUUCAAAUGGGAUGUAGAGCUUCCAACCGAAAAGGAGAAAAAGAAAACCCGCCGCCGAAUGAGAUACAUGAGAUGGAAGAUUCGCCAGACCGACGAAACCAUUGUGCCACCCGCCCCCGCGGCCGUUGGCACUGCGACGGGUGGUCAUGACGAAAGCGAAAAGUAUUUUGUUGGUAAUGGCGAUGGCGACGGCGAUGGCGAGGCCGAUUUAACUCGUGCAGGUGCCAAGAAGUUCCCGGGCCUUCUUGACAUCAAUUUGGAAGUCGCGAAAGGUGAAUUGAUCAUGGUUGUGGGUCCGAUCGGAUCAGGAAAAUCAACCCUUCUGUCCUCCAUUCUUGGAUUGAGCACAAAGACCCAGGGCACAGUUAAAGUUGAUGGUGUUGUUUCCAGCGUCAUGUCCAUGUGGUCCAAGAAUGACACCAUUCGAAAUAAUAUUCUUUUCGGUAGUGCCUAUGAUGCCGAUAAAUAUGCGAAAGUGGUGCAUGUUUGCAAUUUAGAGACGGACUUCAAGCUAUUCCCUGGCGGUGACUUUAGUGAGGUCGGUGAGCGGGGUAUUACCUUGAGUGGUGGUCAAAAGGCUCGCAUUGCUCUCGCGCGUUGUGUGUAUCAUGGCGGAGAUAUUGUUCUUUUAGACGAUGUCCUUAGUGCUGUGGAUGGUAAAGUCUCCAAUCAUAUCUUUGAAAGGUGUAUUAAUGGCUACCUGGGUGAUCGUACCCGUAUCAUGUCUACGCACAACUUGAAGCUGCUUGUGAAAGCCGAUCGUGUCAUCUACAUGGACGGUGACGGUACUAUGUCUGUUGGUUCACUGGACGAACUACUAGACUCCAAUCCUAAAUUCCGUGAAAGCUACAUGUCUGCUUUGAAUGCUAACGAUGACGAGUCUGAUGCUGCUUCAAGCCUUGUUGACGACAACGAGAUCGAGACCGCACUUGACAACGAGACGAAUGAGGCGGUUGUUCACAAGACAGAUAAAAAGUUCGAACUUUCUGAGCUUGAUGGAUUGCAGCGCUUUGAGUCUCGCAUGAAGGGCUCACCAGCUGAUGCUAAACUAAUGCAAGACGAGCAGCGCAACCGUGGUCAAGUCACCAGUGAUGUUUUGUACAAAUAUCUUAGCAGUGGCUCGAAACUCGGAUUGCCAUUCCUGGCCAUUAUUGCAGUUCUCUCUGCCGGUGUCGCCACGGGCACUACAAUGCAAACGGUUUGGCUGAACUUUUGGACCUCCGAUCGCUAUCAUACCUCGAAUGGCCUCUACAUUGGCAUGUAUGCUGUAAUUAUUACAUGUCGUAUGGUGUUCUUUGUGUGUUUGGCCACGUCCGUUUGCGUGUUUGCUUUCAACUCGUCUUCGGUGUUCCAUAACUCUGCCGUCGAGAACCUGUACCGAGCCCCAAUGUCUUACUUUGACACUACCCCGUUGGGUCGUAUCAUCAACCGCUUCACAGAUGACACGGCAAAUCUUGACACCCAGCUGUAUAUGCAGAUUCGAAUGACGUUGUUCUCAUCCAGUAUGCUGCUGGCGUCGCUAAUCACCAUUUUCGUCUAUGUGCCGUACACGAUAAUUGCACUCGUUCCGGUUAUUGGCAUUGCUUUGAUUUUCUUGAGCUACUACCGUAAUUCUGCUCGCGAAAUCAAGCGGGUGAACUCGUUGUUCCGUAGCCGAAUGUUCACGAUUGUUAUGGAAACCGUGAGUGGCUUGUCGACUAUUGUUUCUUACAAGCAGCAAGGACCUCUGCGAGAUGAGCUAUGUGAGCGUAUCGACGAUAUGAACUGCAGCUUCACGGUCAAUGUGGCUUCGCAGUUUUGGAUGUCUCUCCGGGUGGUUAUGAGUACGGCUUGCAUUAAUUUCUUGACCAUCAUGCUUGCGGUCUUUCAAGUCUUCAGCCUGGACCCAUCGACGGUUGGUUUGCUUUUGUCGCUGCUUCCUAGUGUUGCAAUGUCUAUUUCCAUGUUACUUCCGCUAUUUGCUGAGCUGGAAAACCAGAUGAACUCUGUGGAGCGUCUUUACGAGCUCGCCUACAGUAUUCCUCAGGAGGCACCUUACCACAUUGAAGAAACCAAGCCCGCCCCUGACUGGCCAAGCAAAGGAGGUGUGGUUUUCGACCAGGUCUCAUUGCGCUAUCGCCCUAAUUUGCCUGUUGUUCUGAACAAUCUGUCUGUUGAAAUCAAACCCGGUGAAAAGGUUGGUAUUGUUGGUCGAACUGGUGCUGGAAAAUCCACCAUUCUUUCCGCCUUGUUCCGGAUUACUGAACUCGCCAGCGGGCGUAUUCUGAUUGAUGGUACUGAUAUCUCGACUAUUGGUCUAACUGAUUUGCGGUCUAAACUGUCGAUUAUACCCCAAGAUCCGGUCAUCUUUGAAGGAACUAUCCGGUUCAACCUCGACCCAUUCAAUGAGCGCAGCGAUGUCGAGCUCUGGGAUGCACUCCGCAGAUCUGGUGUUAUCCGUGAGAAUGAGAUCAAAAACGGCAAGGCGAAUGCUGAGCACAAAUUCCAUCUAGACACGGCGAUCUCCGGAGACGGCUCAAACUUCAGUCUGGGAGAGCGUCAGCUACUCACACUUGCCCGUGCACUUGUGCGCCAGUCACGCAUUAUUGUUCUUGAUGAAGCAACUGCCACAGUAGACAUCGAGACUGACAAAAUGAUUCAGGAGACGAUUUCAAAGGAAUUCGCCGAAUGCACAAUUUUAUGCAUUGCGCACCGGCUGCAAACCAUCAUCAACUACGACAAAGUCAUCGUUAUGGACGCUGGCCAGGCGAAGGAGAUGGGCAGUCCUAAGAAGCUGUUCCGCGACAGCAUGUCUACCUUCCACCAAAUGUGUGUGGACUCCAACAUCACUGAGGCGGAUUUCAUAUAG